AGAAAGGAGCGAAGAAAAAAAAAAGAGGAAAGAAAGGAAGGAGGGAGGGGACAGAGAAGGACAGAAAAUAACUGAUUUUCCUCUAUGUAUCCCCAGGCCCCACACACCCUGCACUGAGCAGCAAAUCUGUGCUUCCAGCUGUUUUUUUUUCUUAGCCUAAGGCUGGUUUACAUUUAAAUCAUUUUUUUUUUAAAUAGCUUUUAUACUUUUAUGUUCAUUGCUGCGGCAUGUGCAAGGGGAGGCGGGGGAAAGCAGAUCACAAGGGGAACAAGAAUGCAGCAAUCUGGAGAGGGGGCUCUUGGAAAGACUGGGGAUCUAACAGGCCUCUUGGAUGUACUUAAGCAAAUCCUGGAUCUGUGUUAAAGGACUAGCAAAACGCAUCAAGCAGGAAAAUAUACAACUUGGAUGACCCUAUCAUCUAUAUUGAUGCAAAGCUCUUUAAUGCAAAAACACUAUCAUCUCUUACCUAAAAUUAUAGUUUGUCCUCUCACAUAAGGGACUUGUUAACAUUUUUUUACUUGCAGGAUUUUUUUUUAAUUAUCUGCAGAAUUACAUUUUAUGUUUUUUUUAUAUAUCAAUUUUAUUCUGUUGCUGGAGGAUCCUUGCAGAAAUGAUUUUAUUAGGAAAAUGCAGAAUAUUAUUUUGAUGACUUGGGAUAUUUUUUUUUUGUCUUUAUAAUAUAGCUGCUGUUAAAAUUGGAUUUAAUGGCCUGUUUUCUUUUUAAUCUCUUAUUUUGCUACUCCGUUGUUAGUUAAAGCUACCACAGCUAUUUGCUUAGUAAGGGACUGUAAUCUGAAAAUUAUUUUCAUUUGUAUUUUUCAAGCUAUUGGAGCACUGUAUUUGAGUUGGAGGCCAUGCAGUGUAGGAUGGAUCUGUGUGUCCUUAAAACCUUUCAAAUGGGUAUCAUGCUGUGAAAUCCGAAAAAAAACCCUAUUGUAUAAAAAAAAAAAUCACAUUUAUUUUGCCCAUAUCCGGAGCGGAAACGUUGGAUUUGGGAUACAAUCUGCCAAAAUGAGCAUCAGUUCUCCACAAUCCUCUUUAGACAGAACAGCUUCUAAACGCCAUCCUCAUUUGCCAAGGUUGAGCAGCUUAUCCUCUGUAAGUGACGGGACAGCAGAAAAAAAGUCUCCAGGACACCAUCGUCAGCCAUCUGAUUGUAACGAGUCUACAGGUUUGGUGCAGCGUUGCGUCAUUGUACAGAGGGACCAGAAUGGCUUUGGCUUCACAGUCAGCGGAGACCGAAUUGUCCUGGUCCAGUCAGUACGGCCAGGGGGGGCUGCCAUGCGGGCUGGAGUGCAGGAAGGAGACCGUAUUGUGAAAGUGAAUGGCACGUUGGUGGCAAAUAGCUCUCACAUUGAGGUUGUUAAGCUCAUAAAAUCUGGAGCGUAUGUUGCCCUCACUCUUCUGGGUUCCCCUUCCCCAUCUAUGGGAAUGUCUGGGUUACAGCAAGAUCUGAGCUCUUCUGUAUCCCCUAGAAACACCAUAAUGUCACCAGCACCCCCUCCGCCACCCCCUCCUUUGCCUCCCAGUCAGAGGAUCACAGGACCCAAACCACUACAAGACCCUGAGGUUCAAAAACAUGCCACUCAAAUACUAUGGAGAAUGCUGAAACAAGAGGAGGCUGAACUGCAGACUUUGAGUGAUGUUUAUAAUAGGAGUCCGAACCAGAGCCUGCAGGAGCAGAUUGAAGGGGCACGGAGAAGGGUUAUCCAACUACAACUAAAAAUUAGACAAGAGACUGCAGGUUCUGGGGAUAUGCGUUUAUACAAUGACCGUAGUUCUGUGGGUUUCAAGGUCGUAGAAGGUCGUUUGUCUGUAGAUUCACAGGAUGGGGACAGUGGGCUGGAAUCUGGCACUGAACGUUUUCCAUCUACUAGUGAGAAUUCCAUGAACCGGAACUCUAUUCUGUCGGAUCCAGGAGUGGACAGCUCUCACACUUCGCCUGUCAUCUCCUCAAAAAUAUUUCAUCAUCAUCGGCGACAAGGGUCAGAUGUUGCUUUCAUCGCUGGACAUGAUCUUAUAGUGGAUAAUUCCAGAGCUGCAAUUAUUGGACCAGAAGAGGACUAUGACCAUGGGUUUUAUAUGACGGAGGUCAUAAAGUCAAAACGGACCAUGGGCUUGGGCAGCCUAUAUGGAGAGAAUGACCUGCACGACCUUGAUAUUGAUCCCCAUAAGGAACGUCUGGUUGCUGCGAAACAGAUUGCACAGCUAGAGGAGAUCUUGUCAAAGUUUGAAGAAGAGAGAAGUUUACCUAUGGCCUUUGCCCUGAAUACAUACAUGACCUAUGCUGGUAUCCGCACUCGUGAAACACGUCCAGCCAGCACCUCUGAUAAAUCCCAAAGUUUUCCGGAUAAGGACAAGAGACUUCCUUUUUUCCCAAAGACUAAAAAGAGCAGCAGUGCAAAAAAGGAUAAGGACAGGGAAGAGGACAAGAAACGAAAUCCCAUUCUGAAAUACAUUGGGAAACCGAAGAGUUCAUCCCAGAGCACAUUUCAUGUUCCUUUGUCCCCAGGUGAAGUAAAACCUGGGAAUGUGAGAAAUAUCAUCCAGCACUUUGAGAACAACCAACAAUAUGAGCUAGAGUUUGGUACUCAACGAUUAUCAACAGGAAGCUUCCCAGAGGAUCUCCUAGACUAUGAUAGUUCAAGGUCAGAGAUAAAACUUGGGCGCUCUGAGAGCUUGAAGGGCCGCGAGGAACUAAAGAAAUCCCGUAAGGCAGAUAAUGUCCCUCGCUCACGAAGUGAUGUUGAUAUGGAUGCCGCAGCUGAAGCCGCUAGGCUCCACCAGUCUGCAUCAUCUUCAGCCUCCAGCCUGUCUACAAGAUCACUGGAUAAUCCCACCCCACCAUUCACUCCCAAGUUGUGUCGCAGGAGCAUUGAGUCCCCCAAUUUAAUGAUCGGUGGUGAUUCCCUGCUGUCCAACCUACAGGAGGAUGAUCUUGGGCAUCUCUCAGAUUUGGACCCAGAGCCAGACUCACAAAAUUGGCAGCACACAGUGGGCAGGGAAGUAGCCCAGAAUCUGUCACCAAGGGAAAGGGCACGGCAGGAGGUGAUACAUGAACUGUUUGUGACAGAGACUUCUCAUCUUCGUGUCUUGCGGGUACUGGAUCUUAUUUUUUAUCAACGGAUGCGCAAAGAGAACCUGUUGUCUCAGGAUGAACUUUGGCUCGUCUUCCCAAACCUACCGGAGCUGAUUGAGAUCCAUAAUUCUCUGACAGAAUCCAUGAAACGGAUGAGAGAUGAAGGACCAAUUGUCAAAGAGAUUGGAGACCUCAUGCUCUCAAGGUUUGAUGGAGAGGCUGGGGAAGAGGUAUGUCAGCAAACAGCCAAAUUUUGUUCUUACCAGACUUCUGCACUGGAGCUGAUCAAAACCAAGAAAAGAAAAGAAGCCAGGUUCAGCCUUUUCAUGCAGGAAGCAGAAAGCAGCCCUCAGUGCCGGCGACUUCAACUUAAAGAUUUGAUAGUGUCUGAGAUGCAGCGGCUGACCAAGUACCCUCUUCUGUUGGAAAACAUCAUUAAACAUACGGACGCUGGAACACAGGAGCAUGAGAAGCUAUGCCACUGUCGGGACCGAUGUAAAGAUAUCCUUAAAUACGUGAAUGAGUCUGUGAAGCAGGCAGACAAUGAGCAUCGGCUAAUGGAAUACCAGAAAAGGCUGGACACCACUUCCCUAGAGAGGAGCAAUAAUGCUCAGGCUGCAGAGUUUAAGAACUUAGACCUUACCACAAAGCGCAUGAUCCAUGAAGGGAGCCUGACUUGGAGGAUAACAAAAGAUAAAACUAUUGACUUGCAUGUUCUACUCUUGGAAGACCUACUAGUUCUUCUGCAGAAACAGGAUGAGAAGCUGGUUCUUAAGUGUCAUAGCAAAACUACCAUGGUAUCCACGGAUACCAAGCAAACUUUUAGCCCUGUUAUCAAGCUCAAUUCUGUGCUGGUGCGUUCCGUGGCUACAGAUAAAAGAGCCAUUUUCAUUAUCUGCACUUCACAGCUAGGACCCCAGAUCUACGAACUGGUGGCACUCACAUCCUCAGAGAAAAACAUGUGGAAGGAACUAAUAGAGGAAGCGGCUAAAAGUGCGAUGAGAAAGCCAUCCAGUUCUAUAAAACGCAACGCUCAGGAACAAGCCAAAACAAGGUCACCCUCUGCCAGUGCGGUAUUGCAAAGUGCUGGCAUCCCUCCCUUAUUGCCCACAGAAGGGGGGCUACGAACGAACAGUGAUGAUCUUCAGUCUGGAGACGAGAACCAUGGCGACUUGAUAAGCAACUCAAAUCCUGAGGUGUUGGAUCAUCCAGAGGUGGAAGGUGAAGAGGAUGAGGCUCAGACUCCAACUCAGCAGCUCCUAGCUUCCAAGGUAGAAGAUGCAGGAGGAGGGUCUAAGGAAACAGACUCUUCUAUUUAUUACCCCUGCCAGCAGUGGCCUUCUGCUACGGAGGGCCUGGCUGAGUCUGCACUGGAAGAUGUUGAAAACCUUCGCCACUUGAUACUGAGGAGCCUACUGCCCUGCCGGCAUUCAGUGUCUGCACCAGUUGCAGAACCAGAAGAUGACCUCACACCCACACCAUCUGUCACUGGAGGAGUUGGGCAUCCAUGGGAGACCACGGCAGACACAGCAUUAGAGACUCUUGAUGAAGAGCACCUUUUUGAUCAAAAAAAGAACUUGAUUUCACGGCCAAUUAGCAGUUUGGAAAAUAGCAGGACUGUGGUGGACCUUACCAGCUCAGAUAGGUCAAGCUUUAGAAGUGGAGAGGAGACUGCUUGGAGUGUGGUUGAAAGUCAUUCUCCAAGGAGUCCACCCGAUCUGUUAGAAACACAGAUUAGCCAACCGGAGGAAGGAAGAUAUAAAGUUGUUCGAAAAGCUGAGGUGGUGGGAAAUAAUGAUGACAUACCGUUGCCAGACAGCAGCCAAUCAGAAAGAGUGUUGCAGGAAGCUGGCGGCAUUGUAGAUGGAAAUUUCUUUUAUGUGGCCAUGCCAGCUCCUCCUGCUGUGACCCCUUCUGUACAAGAACACAAAGAAGCUGAUGAAAAAAGGGGACAUUCUGUACGAACAGAAAGUCCAUCUUUUAGUGAAUCUUCAGAAAUGUGCAACAUGCCAAUUUUUCAGCCUGGAAGUGCCAGUCCUCCAAAUAGGAGUGCAGAAAUUGAAUCUAUUCCUUCUGAUUUCCUGCCAUCCAGUUUAGUCAUCCAAGAUGUAGACCUAAUCUUCAGAACAAUUGAACAACUAACUGCCAAACUCCAUAAGCUAAAGGAGGUCGAGUCUGCACAUCAGGCACUUGUAAAAUCUUUAGGAAAAGGUGUCACAGAAGACUGUUACCAACAAGUAGAAUCCAGAAUGGAAGAGGACAAAGGGACAGAUCCUUAUCAUAAAUCUACUUUGAUCAGCAAUUCAUUUUUUGUGAAAAAUAGUGUAUCUAUAUCACUCCACCGGGACAGCCUUACAGAGUCAUGUGAUGAUGCUGUACAAUAUGCAAUGGGUUUAUAAGAAUGUGCAAAGAGACCAACAAACUCAUGGGAUUCUUAACCCUACUCUGCAAUGAUCUGUCUGACAAAUGCCUCUUCUCCCGUAACUCCACAAUAGGGACAACAUGCAAUGAAUGGAAUGGCAGACGGGUAAUGCCAAGUAUGGAGCGCAGCUCGGUCUGCAUAUAACAGCCAAAUAUGGACUGCAAGGAGAAAUGCAUCUCCUGGAAAAAAAGAAAAAAAAACUGGAAUUAUUAUUUUUGAGAUAAAAAUAAAGCAUGUUAGCUUAAAAAAAAAAAUAUAUAUAUAUAAAUAUAAAUAUAUGUAUAGCUAUAUACCUAUUUAAAAAAAAAAAAGGAAAAAGCAUACACUAAUUGCUAUUAUGUUCCUAAAGGGGGAAAAACAAAUUGUUGAUCCCUAAACACGCAUGUGUUGCUGUGGCUUUCUCCUUUAAAUGGCCCUCAAGGAACUCUUAUGGACAAUCAUGCUUCAAGAGUGAUGCAGAGAGUCUUCUUCAGAGAAUGCACUAUUCUGAUGAUGAGAGACACCCACAGAUAUGCGCACAGGGGUUGCCUCAUAUUUCUUUUUGUAAAAUAUGUAUUUAUGUGCAAUUUUUUUUAUUUUAUUUUGUAAAUAGGUUUUCUCCCUUCUCUCUUUCAACUUGUAAUAAAACAGGCUUUUUACCACUGUUGUGCCCUGCAAAA